ACAAAAAUUUGCAUAGAGCCAUUUCUAGGGUUAUUCACGUCGUUUCUAAGGAGGCUCGUCGGAGAAGAAAGAAAAGUCGCCCCGAAACCUUCGAAUAAUACGCUCAGAGAUGACUGACAUAGAGAAUAUGGCCUUAUUUGAAGAAAAUCCCUUAAAGAGACGAGCGAUUAACUGUGACAGGCUUCAGAACAAGGUUUCUUGGAUUCGUCAAAGAUUUGUCAAGGAUGAGAAUUCAGGUGUGAGAAAGACUGACUUUUACAAUUUUGUCCUCAUAAACUUGGGAAAGAUGAGCUACCGUGAUGUAUGGCAUUUGCUGAAGAUGGCCUACCCACACGUGGAGCGAGUACGAAGAGGUCGCAUGUACAUGUAUUGGGGGAUACAAUUUGCUGGGGCUCAGACGGAAAAUACUCUCUCUGGUCGUAGUUCUGAUGAAGAUUACAAUUUCUAUGAGUCACAAGAGAAUGGUUACAAAAGAAGAUGCCUGGAUAACACGGCUGUUGUUAAGGAGGAACGGGAAAGCCAAUUCAUAAAUGAGUCAUGCCCAGAAGAAGGUGAUGUUCUCAAACCGGAAGAGAUAAAAGUCUACACUAGUUUUGAGGAUUAUAAGAAAGCAGAGACUGCCAAGAUGUCGAAAAAUCCCCAAGAUGAGCCCAAUAUUGAACAUUCUACUGGAGUCAGUGAGUGCUCUAAGAAUGUGGUAACUAGUUGUGAUCAAGGUGGAAAAAAGAUUCUUCAGGGAUCUGGGAAUGAGCUGGACAAUAAUAACACUACGAGGGAUGCGACACGAUCACCCUCUCCACCUUUGGAGAUAUUUGCACCUUCUUCAUUUUUCAUUAAAAAACCCUCUGAUAAAUCCAGUUACCACGAUUUCUCUCCUUCAAGUUCUUGCGAAGAAUCUUGCGAAGAUUUGUUCCUCGAGGAAGAGGAAUUGGAAAAAGAGACAAAGGACAACGAUGGAAAAGAUUUAGGCAUAAGAAAUGAUGUUACAGACGAACACCAUCCCCCUUGUGACAGUGUGGACAAGAAAGGAAAAGUAGCGGAUUUUUCAAUGUCCUUGCUCAAGCCUGAUAACAUCAAUAAAGUCUGUAUACCCCUAUUAAGUAGCAAAGCUGAGACCGAAAGUUCGUGUAAUAGUACCUCUUCCUGCACCUCAAGCCGAGCGAGCUCUACAGACGCCGUAGCUAACAUUGCGAGCCAAAUGGAUAAGCAUUUAGACUCGGUAAGGUGCGACCCUAUCAUCGUGUCUGUUUCCAGCAUUGCACAUCAGGAGGACGAAAAUAAGCCAGAAAUCUCAGCUUCUUUAAUAACAGAAGGAGAAGAAUGGGUGGAAAUAAAGGAUAUUUGCACCCAAACAGAUAAACCGCAGUCUACGUUAUGUUCAAUUCACGGUAAAACCAUCACCACCCUGUCCCAGUACACAAGGCAGGCCUCACUCCCUAUUAUGGUAGGUCAGCCUGCGACUAUGGCAUCCAUCGAUCCUGAGACUCAAAGUGCUGGAGGGCAAUCAGAAGGGACGCUGGUGACGUCCCAAGCUAUGGGAUACCUCCGUAGCAGAUCUUCACCCAGUACGUAUGACUUCUCAGAUUCAGUCAAGAUGAUCAUGAUAAGUAGCAGCUACAAUCCAGCAAACGCUGCAACACAACCUGUGCUUACCCGGGGAACCACAAGUGCUUCUCCCGAUGGUGACAGCACUGGGAGGGUUACGUGGGCGAUGAAUGGACAGAGACCGCUGAUGCCAAAAGUGAUGACGGACUCUCGUACUCUUGUCACGGGCUCUAAAACUUCUCCAGAUGUGUUUGGUAUUAAGUUACCUACAGGGGAUCUGAAGGAGGCCAACGAGACUUUGGACCAGAUUGUACAACAGAGGUUUAAAGUCUCUGGUAAUGCGACGCGCUUCACCCGGUCACCUGAGACAGCAAGGACUCCUUCCGGCGUCCCUAUCAAUGAGGGUAUGCAACCAUCGCUGCCUGCGUCUAGUAAACCGGACCGUACUCCUCCUGUGUCCAUCUGUCCAACAGGGAUCUUGGCUCGCGCGGUGCUGGCCAAUAAGACAACUGGAAGAAAUAUUACUGGAAUUUCUAGGAAUGCUUUGCUAGAAUCUCUACGGUCGUCUAGUAGUGAUGGUGAUAGCUUAGAGGGAGUUCCCGUGGAUUUGAUGUACAACGAGUCUGAUAAAGGCCUUCUUGCGGAAGCGCGCCUGAAUAAUGUACUCGCGAGUAGUAAUUUGAUGGAUAGGACGUCUAACAAAAGGCCGCUCGACUCCUCGCCUGACCUUUCUGAUAAAAGUGAAGCCAUACGAAAGCUUUUGAGUGAGCAAGAAAUUCAGAGGAAUUCCCCGUUGUUUUCAUCGCUUAGUGAUCUUCGCGCCAGAGUACACUGCCUGUCUUCCGAGCUCGAGAAAGAGCGAACAUCAAGAUUAGGUCUCGAGGUUGAAUUACGAAAGACGAAGGCCCUACUAAUUCAAGAGAGACGUAUGAACGACAACCUUGCCUUUAUGCUUUUAAAGAAUAGUAAUUGAUAUCCUACACAAUUUAACUAGGACCAAAUUAUGGGUGGUUAGCAACAGUUUGCGUAAAAGAUAGGAUAUCUAUAUAAAACGUUGUUUUUCUAAAAUAAAUACCUAAGAUAAAACACU